AAAUCAUCUAUUACCUCUAUUACCACAUUUAUUGUCAUUCACUGCAAGUUUUCCUUUCUUUUAUUUACUCUCAAAAACCUAACCGGCGAUUUCGAAUCUUCUCUGGAAAUCACAGAAAUACUUUCUUUCUUUCUUUCAUCUUCUCUCUAAGAGAACCAAAGAAACAAAAAUAGAAUGAAGCGAGGAAUAAAUUUAGGGUUUGUAGAUACGAUCUACGAAGAAGAAGAGUACAUGGAUCACUCCUCUUCCUUCUCUUCUUCUUCGUCAUCUAUAUCUCCUUCUCCUCAACCACGUAUCAAUCUCUCUUCUUAUUCAAUGGAGCUUGAAUCUAGAGUCCUUAAAUGGUCGUUGGUUAAUAAUUCUAAACCUGAUGUGUUGGUACAUGUGGGAGGCACAAGCUUCCAUCUUCAUAAGGCUCCUCUGUCAUCAAGGAGUGGCUAUUUAAAACGCCACCUAACGAACGUUAACGAAUUAACUCUCUCACCGCCGUUAAACAUAACGGCUGAAACGUUCUCGUUAGUAACCGCUCUCUGCUACGGCUCUCACCUCGAACUAACGCCGUUCAACGUCGUUUCGCUGAGAGUCGCCGCCGAGCUUCUUCUGAUGACGGGAGCCGGAAGAAACGACGUUAGAGAUAACCUGCGAAACUUAACGGAGUCUUAUCUCCGACGAGUCGUCUUCGUCAACGUCGACUACGUCAAGAUCGCUCUACGUUCGUGCCUCGCCUUGCUUCCGGAAUCGGAAACGACGGCGUUUCUAGUCGGUAGAUGCGUCGAAGCUCUGACGGAAGUCGGAGAUGGAGAGUGCGUCGACGAGUUUCUCGAGCAAGCCGUUAUACUUCCCGCCGGAGAUUUCGUCGUCGUUUCCCGCGCCGUGCAGCAACGGUUCCCGCGCCACGAUUUGCUUUACAGAGUCGUCGAUGCUUACGUGAAGGAGCGUGACGGAGAGAUAACGGAGGAAGAGAAGGUUCAGAUAUGCAAUUCGAUAGACUGCGACAAACUCUCGCCGCCGUUACUCAUCCACGCUGUCCAAAACCCGAAAAUGCCCCUGAGGUUUAUCGUACGCGCGAUGCUACAGGAGCAGCUCAACACGCGCCACUCGAUCGUAACCGUCGCUGCCACUUCCGCGGGGCAUCGAAACGGAGAGAUUACCGAGGCGGAGAGAGACUCCUCCUCCUCCUCCGUGACGCUGAGGUCGCUUCUCCAGAGAGACACGGCGGCGAGGCAGAACUGUCGGCUGAGAGCAGCGAUGGAUUCCACAAGCUCGAGGAUCAGGAGCUUGGAGAAAGAGCUCGAGGAGAUGAAGAAGCUCAUAUCGAAAGAAUCGGGACGGAUCACUGACUCUGCUCGGUCCGCGAGCUUCCACUGCGUUCACAGUUCCAGUAACGUAAACAAGAUGCAGAGAGGAUCGGUUUCAUCGCUCAGCACGACUUUCCGGCGAGGAGGAUCAUCUCCUCCGCCGCCGCCGCGGGACAGACGCGAGAGAAGUCUUGGUAAGAGACUGAUAAAAGGACUGAAGAAUGCUUUCUCUUCUUCAUCAUCCAAACAAGAAGGUAAGAAAGAUGCAAAUACAAUAGAGGAGAUUUAUGAUGGAUUAGAAGAUUUCGUCAUCUCUGAAGAACUUCAAUCUCACUACAUCAAGAGCAAAUGAUAUCUAUCUCUAUCUAUCUAUUACAUUAAUAGCUUGUGUAGCCAAAGUGAUUCUAUGUUUCUUCUUCAAGUAAUGUAGUGGAUGGAUGGAUGGAUAUCUUUACGAUUUUGUAGAUCUUUGAGUUGAAGUUCUGUUUAGCUGCAAAUAUAUGUUUUGUUAAAGUUCAUGUGUUAGUGUUA